AAGAAGCCUCCCCCCCAAUACAUGUGAAAACAUUCAACAUAGGUUGAACCAAAACAACAGUUAUCCUCAGAUCAAAGGAAAAGUUGGCCAGGAUGUCUUAGGACAUUGGGAACUGACUUUAGAAACAUCUGUGACAUAGCUGUGCAGGCGACUGUGUGGCGUAGAAGAGAUCAAGUAAAGCUAUUUUAAGUGAUGAGAGAUAGUGGGGUGUGUUUGUGUUAUAUAUUAUAAUUAUAAUAUACUAUAAUUAUAAUUAAUUAUUAUAUCAACUUGGCAGAUGAACAGCGUGAGAGGCAGUGUGGUAGAAUGGAAAGAGAGUUGGCAUUAGAGCUGUGAAGAUAUGAGGUCAUAGCCUAGUCACAUAUGCAGUUUGUCUGACUGGCCAAGUCAGUUAACUUUUCUAAGGUCUAGACAGCUCUUUAAGACCAAGAUGCAGUAGGUCAGCGCCCAAUAGUAGGACAAGCACAGGACACGCCAUGAGGGGCUUAUUGGUGUCCCACUCCCGGACCUUGAUCCAAACUUUCAGCUCCAGUAGCAGAAACUCUGUGAAUAAAAUAGCAGAAAAACAAAAACUCUUCCAGGAAAGCAAUGACCUCCCAAUCCACCUGAAGGGUAGAGGCACAGACAACCUCCUGUACAAAUUUAUGAUGUUAACAUGCUUGGGAGGCACUUGUUACUAUUUCUACUGCCUGGGCUGGGCCUCCUUCCCCCACAAGAAGAGAGACUGAAUACCAGGAGUGGACAGAAGGAGAAAGGCCUGGCAGGGUCUGGAGCAAGGGUUAGGGUCGGACAGAAAUAAAUGCCCUAGCUGGGAGAAAGCUUAAAAAAAUAAAAGAUUAAGAUGCAGUAGAUUUUCAUGAGGAGAGGGAAUUUCUGCUCUGGGAGCCCUCCAUACCAAUGAGUUCAUAGGUUUCGUUUCUGUCCCUAUUUACUAUUUUUAAACAAAAGUUUUAUUUUGAAAUAAAAACUUGUAGAACCUAAUAAAUGUUCUAUUGAUACAGUAAAUGUUCUCUGUUAUUCCACUGGUACGGCUUUUCCUCUCACUGGUGUGGAUGCCAAAUCUUCCUUUCACUUAGUGAGUUUCUAUGAUCCCUCAAAUUCAUCACCUGAUGGUUGAUGGCCUGGUCAAGAACUCCUCCAGACUUAACUAGACCGAUCCUUGCUAAAAGACGGAGAAUCCAUUCCUAGGCCCAUAUUCAAACCUUGCUAGUUGGAAGGCCCUGCAAGGGUAGGUGGUUUGCUAGUGUAGCCUUUGACAGUUCAGGGUGCUCUCCAUUAAAUGCCAAGGCAUUGGAAUCAGACUUUACUGGAGACACAUCUCAUGAAUUAUACGUAAUAUGUGUGAAAUGUAGCAAACACCCAAA